AGCGACCAAGCUACCGAAUCGAAUCUGACUUAUUCAUUAUAUUUUAUAUACUUUUACGCUUUAUUAUUACUGAAUAUACUUACAAAACGAAACUACUUAUGUUCCUAUUAUUUUUUAUUAAUGUUCCUAGCUUAUCUGACGGACUAAGAACUAAAGUAAACCUACGUUAUAAAUUGUUGCGUCAAAGUGAGGUUAGGAAGGUAACAGUAAACCAUAAUAUCCACCAGAAUUAACUGCAAUGAACAGUGAGAAAAGAAAUUCACGGGGCCGUGGAAGAGGGAGAGGCCGCGGUAGGGGAAGAGGCAGAGGUCGGGGUCGAGGCAAGAAAGUGCCCAAAGUGAUGUCAAGUGACGAAGAGGAAUGUUCUAUCGAAGAAAGCUCACAGGACCCUGAUGAUGCAACCUCUGAGGAACCUAAGCAGGAAAAUGACCAGGCUGAGCCACCUAAAUUGGAGGUCCCAUCAGACAUAUCACAACUGGAGGCCCCUGUGUUCACAACUCUGCAACGGGGUCCUCCAGAGCCCAUGUUGCGGUUAGAUUGGGGUCACAGGGCUACACUUAUUGGUGAAAAAGUUCUGAACCCUAUGAUCUAUUGCUGUGAUAUAUGCUCAAAACCUAUACUCAUUUAUGGACGAAUGAUACCCUGUAAACACGUAUUUUGCUUUACCUGCGCAAGAGCUGAUCAUACACACUGCCCACGAUGUAGGGAGAAGGUACUGCGUGUAGAACAAACAGGUCUCGGUACUGUGUUCAUGUGCACACACUCGGGAACAAGAUAUGGCAACACUGGAUGUCGUAGAACUUACCUCUCUCAGAGAGACCUGCAAGCACACAUCAACCAUCGUCACGUCUCGUCGGGUUCUGACAGUAAACCUGAGCCGGAGGUACCUAGUCCUUCUGUUGCGAUAGUCAAACCCAUCACGCUGCCAUCUGUGGGCGCAAAUGACCCCCGCGGUCACACCCUGUCGGGCGGCGGCGCGGCGGCGCCCCCCGCGGGCCCCGGGCCCCCCGGGCCCCCCGCCCCGCCCGGGCCCUCCGCCGGGGGCGCGGGGCCCGCCGGGGACCGCCCGCGCGGCCGCGCCAACCUCAUCACAGUGCCCAUACAGGACCAGACCGAAUCGCACUCCUACUACAACUACUAUCCGCCGCCGCAGCCGGUGCCUCCGCCGGCGGUGUCCGCGGGCGUGGUGUUGCCGCACAUGGGCGUGCCGCCGCCGCAUUCCUACUACUCAGCGCCGCCCUACUCCGCGCCGCCCGCCGUCUACGUGCCGCCGCCCAGUAACAUGACGACGAACGUGUCAGGCGGCGUGGGCUUGUCGGUACCACUGGGCGAGGGCUCGCGCUGGCCCGAGCCGGCGUACGCUCCGCCUCACGCUGGCCACACUCCUCACACUCCCCACGCGCCGCAGGCCUGGCCGCCGCACACGCAGCACGCCCAACACCAGCAGCAUCAGCACCACUACUACAGGUAGCCCCCGUACCGACGCAGUUACAGUUCUUACAAGUAACUGUGGUUCUAUGGAUUGUCAAAAUUGACUGACUGUACAAGUGUGAUUGAUAUUGGACUCUCAACCUUUGCUACAAAGGUUUAAUUCGUGAAGCAAGUUACGUGAGAAUAUGGACUCUUUACAAUCUCGAAUGUCUCGUGAUAAAUGUGGUAGCAUAAUACGUA